CAGUCAUGAGCCCCAGCAAAGGUGGCAGGCGGAGAGUCCUCUGAGCAAUGAUACAAAGCCACAGGACCAAGGCGCACAACCCGAGACUAGAGACUACGCUCAGCCAUUCCCGUCCCUAUACCUCCUAGCCUAUGAUGGAGUUGAGUGCUACACGACUGAUAUUAGCGGCUGCGGCCAUAUUCCUGCUGGUCCAGAUUGGACAGAUUCUCUACAAUGUCUUCCUCUCACCACUGAGCAAGAUCCCUGGGCCAUGGUAUGCCUCCAUCAGUGCGAUACCGACACGACUUUAUACCACAGUGCUCAGACGUCAAGCCCACUAUUGCCACGACUUGCACCAGAGAUAUGGACCAUUUGUGCGAACGGCACCCAAUGAGGUCCUCAUCUCGGACCCCGUAGCAUUCAAGGAGAUUCACAGAAUCGGAGGUCGUUUCUACAAAACCAAGUUUUACCGCUUCCUGAACCCCAACAAGCCUGGAGAACCGCCCUAUGGACUAUUCCAGAUGACAGACCCAGUCAAACAUGCUGCACAUCGCAAGCUGCUCGCCCGUGGCUUUACACAAGCUUAUUUACGCUCAAACUGGGAAGGGACUGUGCACAAGAAGGUUGAACUACUCCUCACACAGAUGAAAACCGAAGCCAAGACGACGUCCGGAGAAGUCGAUCUUGUGAAAUGGCUACCUCUUUUCGCUGGCGAUGUCGUCGCAGAGCUGAUGUUUGGAGAGGCUUUCCACAUGCUCGAGAGGGGCCAACAGGAUGAGAUGCUCCUCAGGUUUCAAAGAAACAAUCGUGGAAACAUGUUCGCAUAUAGCUUCCCUUGGCUGUAUGCCAUUGUGAAGCAUAUUCCGUACCCCAAAUUGCAGGCUAUGUUUCAAGGCAACCCAGUCGUUCUCCAACGUGGGAAGAAGGCAGUGGAGAACAGCAAAGCCAAGUCCACUUCCAAGAACAUCUUCUCCAAAGUACUGGCCGAUGCCGCAAAAGAGGACGCGAUCUUGUCCGACGAAGAAUUAGUCAUAGAAGCGGCCACCUUCAUCUUCGCUGGCACAGACACCACGGCCACGACAUUGAUGUACUUGAUCUGGGCAGUCCUCUCAAAUCCAACAAUACAAGUCGAGCUCGAGAAAGAAGUCGCCGCCCUGACCGAACCAUAUACCGAUGAGCAGUUGGAGACGCUCCCAUUCCUCAACGCAGUCAUCAAAGAGACCAUGCGUCUAUACGGCGCAGCACCUGCAGCUCUUCCUCGAAUCACCCCACCCGGAGGUACCAUCUUAGGAGGCUACCACAUCCCCGCCGGCACCAUCGUCGCCACUCAAGCCUGGACAAUGCAUCGCGACCCCAGCAUAUACGAAAACCCAGAUCUCUACGACCCCUCUCGUUGGCUCUCCGGACUCGCCUCCAGAGAUGAUGUCAAAGCUUCCUGGUCACCUUUUGGCGCAGGCAGUCGAAUCUGCAUUGGUUCGAAUCUGGCCUACAUGGAAUUACGACUCGCGACAGCCGCCUUUUUUCGAAAAUGUCCCAAGGCCCGAUUGGCUCCUUCGACGACGCCUGAGAGUAUGGAAAUUGAGAAUGCGUUUUUGAUUGCUCCUGUAGCACAUGCGUGCAAGAUUGUGAUUUAG